AUGUCGGCCAUAUUGGGUCGGUUGCUUCAGGCCUCGCUCGCCCCGCAGGUUGGUGCCCUUGCUCGGGGCCUUUCUGCCUUCUCAGCCCCCAGACCUGUUACAUCUGCAAGAUCCUGUUGGGCCAGCCUCUCCUGGUGUGGCUCCGCUCAGGCAAAACUCGCCUUCAGCACCAGCUCCUCGUGCCAUGUUCCUGCAGUCACCCAGCACGCGCCCUAUUUCAAGGGUACGGCCGUUGUCGAUGGCGAGUUCAAAGACCUAAGCCUCGAUGACUUCAAGGGGAAAUACUUGGUGCUUUUCUUCUACGUGCUGGAUUUCACCUUUGUGUGUCCUACAGAAAUCGUGGCUUUUAGUGACAAAGCCAAGGAGUGUCACAAUGUGAACUGUGAAGUUGUCGCUGUCUCCGUGGAUUCCCACUUCAGCCAUCUUGCCUGGAUCAACACGCCACGCAAGAAUGGUGGUUUGGGCCACAUGAACAUCGCACUCCUGUCAGACUUAACCAAACAGAUCUCCCGAGACUACGGUGUGCUGUUGGAGGGCUCCGGGGUGGCACUGAGAGCCAAAAUCCAACUGCUUCCAAGGAGUGCUUUGAGAAAGUCCAUCAGUAGCUCAUCCCAUGUGUACCUGCACCUUGUCACACCGGAAGAUAACACAACCCACCCACGCCUGGUACCCACUUUUAUCACUGUGAAGGUGGGGGGCUGUAGAAGGUGAGAAGGCAGCUCUGCUUAGCUUGAUAAACAGUCCAUCUAAACGUUCUGCUUCUGUAACACUGGCUCAGUAGUUAGUGCUUAGCUGCACACGCAGGAGCCUGUACUGGAACACUGGGAGGGCUGGUCUGUUCGUACAGAAGCCCUCAUUCGUCCACCCACUCCUUAGCUCACAGCUCCCGCGGGGGCAGAUGCUCUGUGCUAGCCUAACCCAGCGCCUCGUCCACACCAGAUGACAAACUUCUGAUCAAGGGUCCUGGCAGUUUUUCCCUGAAUUUCUUUGUA